AAACUGGGUCUUUGACCUGGGUGAAAUAAAGCCUCGAUUUGCCCCUGCUGGAACAGGAUCCAUUUUGAAUAACAUAGUUCAUUGGAUCAGCUAUACGUCUUACACAAUGGUGAAGUCAAUGAACUGGCUGGAAGCAUUGAUUUUUAGAACAGGGGGGAAAGGUCCUAAAGUGUUACAAAACGUUCACUCUCAGUUUGGCAAAACUGGCCCUCACAAGCUGCUGGCGCGUCUCUGGAAAAACUUCAAAGGGGAAAACCCAGAACACAGAUUCCUAAAAGAUUUUGGCAUCACAAUUUGAGAGUGAAUCUUUGAAAAUUCACUUGUCAUUGAAGGAUGGCGUCAUCAGCUUUUCAAAUCUCUGCACUGCUUCUGGCUUUUCUGGGUCUCAUCCUUCUACUGGUUGCCACUGUGUCCAACUACUGGAAAUUUUCUAGUCCAGCUGCAGCGCUUAUUACUGCAAACUGGAUUUAUGAAGGUCUCUGGAUGAACUGUGUAGCUACUGCUCUGGGCUCAGUUCAGUGCAAGAAAUUCUUUUCCUUGCUCAGUUUGGAAACUUAUAUUCAAGCAUGUCGUGCCCUGAUGAUCACUUCGCUCAUCUUGGGUAUGUGUGGGACUCUGCUGACAUUGCUUGGUUUGAAGUGCACUCAACUUGGAUCCAAUAGUGAAAAUACAAAAUCAAGAAUUGCUAUGCUGGGGGGAAUGGUCUUCAUUUUAGCAGGUCUCUCAUCAAUGGUUGCUAUUUCUUGGUAUGCAGAAAGGAUCACAGCUCAGUUUUUUGAUUCAUUAUAUGGUGGAACCAAAUUUGAGCUGGGAUAUGCACUGUACUUAGGCUGGGCUGGUUCCCUCCUUUCAAUGCUUGGUGGGGGCUUCCUGACAUGUUCAGCAUGCAAAGAAAAACACAGAGACUACAAGUAUGCUGCUACCCGGCAAGGCAACGAUGCACGUAUUUACAUCAAAAAGUCCGAGACAAUCACAUCUGCCAAAGACUACGUUUAGAUUUUUUAAAUGUUUCACAUGUUCUAACUCAUUAUAACAUCUAAGCCCUCCAUUCCCAUUUCCACAUUCCACUUUCAACAGACAUUUUACAUGUAUGUAGAAUUUCCUUCUGGUAAUAGUUUAAGCUACUGUGUCAUUUGGGUGUAUGAAGACUAGUCUAGUAAAGAAAAAUAUUAUGUAACAUUUUAGCAUAUUUCCCCCCCAAAAAAAACCACCCAGGAGGUGUUUUUUAUCUAGUUUUAUCUAGUUUAUCUACAUUUAUCUAGUUUGUCAUAAUGUUGUCUCAUUGUUCUAGGGAACACUGUAAACUUAG